AUGGAAAAAUACGAAAAUCUAGGGCUAGUUGGAGAAGGAAGUUAUGGAAUGGUUAUCAAGUGUAAAAAUAAAGAGUCUGGAAGGAUUGUGGCGAUUAAAAAAUUUAUUGACAGCGAAGAUGAUAAACAUGUUAAAAAAAUAGCACUUCGUGAAAUAAGAAUGUUAAAACAACUUCGUCAUGAUAACUUGGUAAACCUUUUGGAAGUUUUUCGACGAAAGAAACGUCUAUAUCUUGUUUUUGAAUUUGUGGAUAAUACUAUAUUAGAUGACCUAGAAAAACACCCUAAUGGAAUUGACGAAAUGCGCACAAAACGCACUUUAUUUCAAGUCAUUCGAGGUGUGGAAUUUUGUCAUCUACACAAUAUAGUUCAUCGUGAUAUCAAACCCGAAAAUAUUCUUAUCAGUCGUAGUGGCGUCAUCAAAUUGUGUGAUUUUGGUUUCGCACGUGCACUUGCUGCACCCGGUGAAGUUUAUACAGAGUAUGUGGCCACCAGAUGGUACAGAGCACCAGAACUUCUUGUGGGAGAUACAAAAUAUGGCAGACCAAUUGACGUUUGGGCUAUUGGUUGUCUUGCCUCAGAAAUGUUGACAGGUGAUCCUUUAUUCCCUGGUGAUUCUGAUAUUGAUCAAUUGCAUAGAAUAGUGCGUUGUCUUGGCAAUCUAAGUGAGAAAUAUCAAAAUAUAUUUCAUCGAAAUCCACUUUUUGUUGGUAUGAGAGUUCCAUUUGCAAAAGAAAUUGAUCCAUUGGAUAAACGAUUAGCUAAGGUUUCGAAACUAACUCUUGGAUUUAUAAAGAGUUGUCUUCGAAUCGAUGCUAACGAUCGACCGACAUCAUCUGCUCUUUUACGAAGUGAAUAUUUCACUAGUGAGAAUUUCGCAUCUAUAUUCUUGGAAGAGCUAAAAACAUUAAUUAAAAGCGAAACAAACUCAACUGUACCUUCAUCCUCGACCAAUAACACCAGUAGUAAGAAUACCGUUAAUAAUCUAAACAAUAAUAAUAACCAAACACAAUAUAAAAAUGAUCAACAAUGUAAAAUCAGUAAUAAUAACAGUGAUUUUGUGCAGUCAAAGGUUUCUAACACAACCGCGACAACGAUUACACCAAUAAUAACUUAUAUUACUACUACUACUACUACCACUGUCACUGGUAAUACGUGUACUGAUACUAGCACUACAACAACUACUGCCGUUAAACAUUUUUUGUCAGAUGUAAUGAAUGUGAAAAACCCAGAUAAAGAUAAAACAAUAACUCCAGAUCAUGUUGAUUUGUCAGUAACAUCACAAGCUGGUCUACAUAAUAAUGAAAUUACUGAACGAAAUAAAUCAUCCAAUAUUUCUACCGAUUUUUCAAGUAAUACUAAAUCUACACAAAUGGAAGGGAAUAAAUUAAAAUCUACUAUGGCUGAUGAACAGGUUAACUUAACAUAUGUAGCGUCUAAAGCAAGAAUUGCAGUUAAAUCUCAAUUAUAUAAUGAGUAUUUAGUACAUGAUGAAAAUAUUGAUCCACAUCAUUUGUUAGAUACAAUGAAUGUUUCAAAAAAACAACACUAUGGAUCAGAUAAUGUCUUGAAUAGGAACGAUGAUUCUGAUUCAAAAGGAUCAUUAACAGUAACUGGAAAAAUGAAUGAUCGAUUGAAUGAGAUGCCUUCUAUUCCACAAAAGUCAUUUGGUUUACUUACAACGGUUAAAUGUAAGAGCCCAAAACCAACAAAUCCAAUCUCGAAGUCUAUAUUAGAAGAUUUACGUGAAACUUUGAAUGAUACUGACUUAUCCUCUGCUUCCAUAUCAAUAUCCCCGUUACAAGUUACAAAUUUAACCAUUAAUGAACAGUCAUUAAUAAAUACUACUAACGAAUCCCCGUUCAAUAGUGGUUUUGUUGCCAAGGUUACCGAAGUGCCAAACGAACAAAUCGACUGUACUUCAACAGUCAUAGAAUCUUCUGUAAACAAAUAUUUAGACACAAAAGGUGGAGACUCACAACCUAAGGAAAUGACUUCAAAUAAACGUUUACCUUAUCUUACUUUAGGUCAGACUAGCAGCUACCAUUUUUUUCCACAACAGUAUCGAGGAGUUUAUCAAAAUCCUCUAAAAUCAGACCAAACAAAUACGUAUAAUCCUGGGACUGUUUCUUCAGGAAUGGGAUUGUCUUCACUGUCACCACUGUUAACCAAUAGUCAAACAGUUAGCAAGCACGAAAAUAACCCUACUUUUCAGUCUACCAAUGUUUUGACAUCUUCAUCCAUCGCUUUGCAGACAUGGACAACACAAAUAAGUUCUUCUAAUACAAGCAACUCAUCCAAGGAUUCAAAAAGUCGACGAUAUUAUCAACCUUCAAAUCACCACAGCAAAUCAACAUUUUCUUUGCAAUUUCCUAUGAAUAUCAGUCAUUCAGUUUGUCAACCGAUUUCAACUUCGCUAAGCAAUCACUAUCAUAAUCAUAAUCACCAUCUCUCCAUACUGCAGCCAAUUGGUAUUAUGCCUUCUCCAAAUAUCUUUGAUACAAAUCAUGAUUAUUUACAUCCCGAACAGACUGAAUCACGUAGUUAUAUUGGUCAUGUAAAUUUUUCAACACGUUCACCGCUACAAACUUUGUCUCAACAGAAUGUUUUUAAAAAAUCAUUUACAUCAAAUAGUACAGCUGGUACAAGUAAACAGGAUAAUACAUAUUCUCUUACUGGUAAUCAACACUCAUUUAGUCCACAAGUUUUACCAGCUUUUACAUGUUCUUCAUAUUCCACAAAUCAGUAUGGUACCAAUACAAAGCCUAAUCAUAAUAAUCAGUUUCCUAUAAAUAGAUUACGCAAUUCAGAUAAGUUCUGGCUUGGAAGCUUACCCAGAAGAUGA